AUGGCGCCGCACGGAGUCAAGUUAAUCACCCUCAGGGACUGCUUUGAGUUUCUGCAUUGGCUGCAUAAAAAUAGUGGUGUGCGAGACCAAGUGGCCAGAGAACUGAUGACGCGUUAUGAAAAUUCUUAUAACCAUAUUUCGUUUACGGGCCAACUGCCACGUGCUGUCUCCGAAUUCCUCGAACACGUGUCCAAGUUUUAUAAGAAAUUAGUAACUACACCAAUUGAGAAAAGCUAUAUCGAUCCAAAAGCGAAAGAUGUCACCGAAGCCCUCCUAGACUGCAUUCCCAAGUUCCUCGCCGCUUUGUAUUUUUUGCUCUACAAUGUGGAUAGAUGGUUCGAAGCAGUGGGAGGAGCUAAGUGGAAGUACAAUUAUCCUGGGUGGGAGACUACUUGGGUGAGAUAUGUGUGGCAUAGAGAGUAUGGAGGGAGGCUGCAGAAUUAUCUCAGGGCGUCACUGAGCGUUAAAUACGGUGACCUCAUAGCUGGUGGGUUCGGCGAAGGUGAGGUGACGUAUGGUUAUGACUAUAAUUCUAUCUAUGGUUACUGGUACGGUGAGAGCAUGGUAAAUGACCUUAAAGCGAUUCUGGACAAACACAAUCAUAAGUACAACGAUUUCCGGGACGUAUUUUUUACAACAGUCAUUUCUAAAACUGGUGCCGGCACUCAUAAAGUGAACACUGCGAACGUUCUUGCAUUGGUGAAAACGUUUUGUGAGAUUGUGGCUGCUGAGGCAAAGAGGGGUACUGACGGCGGUAAGUUGAUAAAAGCUUUGGAAAGGGAGUUUAAAAGUAGCAAAAAAUGCAUAAAUUGGAAUAAAUUAAAAUCCCAUUGUUCUAGAUUGAACUCGGAAUUGGAAAAGUUGUUCAAGAUCGAGGGCUUUUCCUACACAGGCCAGGCGCGGAGUGUUAAUGAGCUUAACACUGAUACAUUUGCGGGGGAGACAGCGGUAUGGUUUAGAAAUAAUUUGCACGAAGUUCAACAUAAUGUGAAACAAAUAAAUAAAAGUUUCCCAGUUGACGACACUCUAUAUUUGACUGCUCUUCGGCCUUUUGCAACCAAGAACAUAUUCCCCUACGGUUUUAUAUUUGGUAAAGACAGAUAUGGAACGAUGGGCGACGCGUGGAAGAAGUUGUCAGAUCAUUGGCCCAGUGUCAUAGAUAUGCUUGGCAGCGAUGGUGACGGUUUGGAUAAGUUGAAAACGCUUUUGGAUGGUGAGGAGUGCCGUACGCCGGCUCCGCCUCCAAAAUCACGACCCAGGCCGGCGCCUGCGCCCAGGCCCCCGAGGCCUGUCAGACUUCCGCCACCAGGGAUCCCCAGAACUUCGGUUGUAAGGACAACCGGCCCAAGAAAUGUUGGAGGUUGGUCGUCUGUUGGGAGUCAGGGUUCUGGUGCUAGAGGAGGAAAUAUAGGAGCGAGAGGGCCUAACCUUAGAGGCGGGAUAAAAGGUAGAGGAGCGGGGUCGGGGGCUCAGAAAGGUAGAGGAGGGGUACCGGGAGCUCGAGGUCGUCCAGGUGCUAAGGGCACACAGAGGACUAGAAAUACAGGGCAUAGGGCACCUACUCAUCCUCCACCCUUACAAUCUCAAAAUGAUUCCCAAUCUCAUCAGCAACUUUCACCUGCCGUCUCCAGUGCUCCUGGAGGCCCCGGCCCCGCUGGUAAGGUGGCGGCUCACGGAGUCAAGUUAGACACCCUAAAGGACUGCCUCCGGUUCCUGGGCUGGCUUAAUAGUGGGCAACGGAUGAGUGUCCGUGAUGAAAUUUCACGUCAACUGUUUGAGCGUUACGAUAAAUAUUAUAGCUUUCCGCAAUUUAGAAACGAAUUGCCAGAUUCCUUAAAUGGUUUCCUCCGCAACGCUUCAUCGCUUUAUAAACAAAUAAGCAAAAGCCCAGAUCUGGGUUAUUAUGAAGACAGAAACGCUAAUGAGAUAGUCAAAGCCUUUUCCGACUGCCUCCCCAAGGUACACGCUGCGUUUUCCCUGUUACUCUUCCACGUUGAUUAUUCAUAUACUCAUGUGGGCGGUGGGAAGUGGAAGGAUUUUGAGACGCAGGGUAAUGUGUCACUGGGUAAUGGUCUUAAGAUGUUCUUCACUGGCUUCAACGGUGUUAUUGACGGUGGCUUCAGCUCUGAUGAGUUGCAAAAUGUGCAAGGAAAAACACUGGCCGAAAAUCUAAACAAUGCGCUUAAAAGAACUACCAUAACCCCUGACCUUUUCACCAGCGUUCUUUUCGACAAUUUAGUGAAGGACGAUUGGCAUAACUUGGACGCUGGGAACGUCUUGCUGUUGCUGUGGGCCUUUUGUGAUUAUGUGAAGACGCAUGAAGGGGGCGGUGACCUCAAAGAAACAUUGGAAGCGGAACUUAGAAGUAGAGGCAUGUGUUUCAAAUGGGACGAUUUGGUAAAGCACUGCAGAAAGCUUAAAACAUCACUCGACGAAUUGUUCGGCAGUGAUGAUUCUCCCGGAGGCUUUUCAACUACCGGCAGGGCAUUUGAUCCAACUGCCCUUAAGCCCGAAGCGUUUGCCGGGGCAUUCGAGAAGUGGUUUGAAAAGCACUGGGGGGAUAUCGGCAGCGCAUUGGGAACCAUUCAGGAGAACGUUGCGGAUUUAGAAAGUGAUCCCACUGACUUCUCCCCCGAAAUCAUAUAUCCAUACGGCAUCGUGUUGAACCAGCAUAAACGUAAUGCAUGGGAACAGGGAUUGAAAAUUUUGCCCAGUGUUUUGGAAACGCUUGUUGGUUCGAGGAAAGGGCUGAAGGAGCUUAAAACAAUUCUGGAAGGUAAGGGGUGUCCGGCGGAGCCUCCGCCUGUCGCCACUAAAACUGAGGCAACAAAACCUGUGGUCACCAAGGCCGAGGCGGCGAAGCCGACUGCCACUAAAACUGAAGGAACUCCCAACCAAGGCAAGAAAAGUGAGGGAGCACAGAACCAAGGGAAAACAUCUCAUGGAACUCCAAAUCAUAAUAAUGGUCAAAGUGGAGAUACGUCUGCAACUUCACCAGUCGUCAAGUCUGUUGUUUCAGCUCCGGCUCCCGGUGGUCACGGAGCUUCAGGCCCGCCAGGGCCUAAAGGUGAUAAGGGUAAUACAGGCCCGCAAGGGCCUCUCGCUGCAGUGACUCCGGGGUCUUCUUCGACUGCAGUUCGAACAGAUCAACAACCUGUUCAACCUCAACAACCACUCCAACCACAGCCUCAGCAACCUCCCCUUCCACCGCCUCCUCCCCCUCUUCCUGGAUCCCCUGGUAAGCCAGGUCUCGGGGGUCCGGGAUCAUCGUCUGUUGUUACUUCAAGUCAACAGCCUAUUCCCCCUCCAGUUACAAGUCCUACUCAGUCUCCGAGUGUUGGAGGUCCAGACUCUGGGCCAGCUGGUGGUAAGGGGGCUGGGCAAGAUGGUGGUCAAGAUGUUGGUCAACCAACAGGUGCAGGCUCCGAUAACACUUUAAGCAGCGGCGCUAAUACACCGGGUGUCCCGGCGCCUGGUGGAGGUGGGAGUGCAGGAGGGGGUGGGGGUUCUGGGAUCGGCCAUCAGGGUGGGACGGGGGUUCAUGCUACACCUCAAGUUACCGUUAAAAAAGAUCCGCCGCAACACGUAUUGGACAAUUAUAGGAAGCAAGAGGAAAUUAAAAAGAAGCGUGAGAAAGAUCUGCAGAACAUAAUGCAGAAUGCGGAGGAAGAAAUCUGGAGUGCACAGAAAAAAUCAUUUGCCCAGGAUAAAAAAGGAUUGGGACAAAACCCCCCCAAAACUCCUAGAAAUGGUAAAAACCUCCAGGCUUUUAAUUUGUCCAGAGAUCAUCCCAAUCACCCACCUCAGCCCAGCCACCCUCCUCCGGGAACUCCCCCUCAUCCUACCGAUGGCCGUCGUCGCCUUGUGAAGCAGUAUUAUGAACUGGGAGAGGAGCGAACAAGGCAGGGGGCCACGCCUAUCACAUUUGCAGAUGGCAAAAGAAAAGUUGAUAGAAUGUCUCUAAACAAGCAGACGGUGGAUGAGUGGAACUGGGAUGCAAAAAAUGAAGAGCGUCGGCUUGCAUCAGAGAAACUGAAUGCAGAAAGGAAGGAAAUGUUGGCAUAUGCGAAAAAUACAGCGGAUCAGCUUAAACUGUUAGAUGAACUUCAGACGAAAGCUGUCACAUAUUCUCCUCCUCAACCUAAUUAUUCUGGUGUUGCUAUUGUGCAGUCACGGAUCGAUGAUGAACAACGAAAGACGGACAUGCCGCUUGAUGGAUUUGUUUUCGAGCCCCCGGAUCCAGUUCUGCCAAAAGCCCUGCCAAUGACACCGGGUCGUAAAACCCAACCAACUAAUGGACCCAUUGGAGGACGAAUAGUCAGUCCCAGGGAGAAGCCUAUUCCUCUAAAUAAUUUCCCAUAUCCGUCUCCAUUUUACUGGGAACCUUUUCAACAAAUGGCUCCAGAAGAGAAUACGUACGACAGCAAAGGCAACUUGAAAAGAAAAUCUGAUUCGUUCGGUGUAAUGAUUGAAAAGCCUCCACGAAAACUAGAUCUCAGGACGCCCAAAGACUUACCAAUUCCUACUGAGGCAUUGCCGCCAGCAACACCUAGUCACGAUGACGUUUUUAAAGGACAUUUGGAUGAUUCCAAGAUAUUUGAUAGAGCAGAUUCCCAAUCUAAGAUUGAUUCACACUUUAAUAAAUUUGUGAAAUCGUCAGAAAUUUUGUCAAACUCGUUAGGAGACCAUGUUACCAACAAGCCGUUUGAACCUCUCGACUUCAGUUUUUCUCCCUACGAAGGCCUUGCUAAAAAAGGUUUUACUCCAACAUGCCGUAACCCCUGGUACGUUGCUCCUGCCUCCUCCACUACCGUCACUCCACCCCUCUCCCCCCUCCCAGACUCCGACCAUCUGCCCCCGCCCAACACCGUCAGGGAAAUGCUCCACUGGCUGGUUGGAUUGAAUCAAUAUGGGUAUGUUGCGAUUAUUAAAAAGCAUGUUGAAGGCAUUUUAAAGGAGCUUAACGAGGAUGUCUCACAAUCUCCAGAUGCGCUCGAGGUCACCGGGCUGCCCUCUCAGCUGACCGCUGCCCAUGUCUCCAAUACUCUGACCGAGGCAUGCCACUACGCUGCCAACGUUCUCCACAGGAUCAAGCACAAAGAUAUUUCGCAAGCUACUUCAAUUCCCGAUUUCAGUUCAGAAUAUUCCAAGCUUUGUUAUUCCAUCGACCCCGCCUGCCUCCUCUGCCAGCUGCGGGACUGCGUCUACGCCUGCUACCACCAGUUGACGUUCCUCAAAGUGCAGUGUAAUCGGGAGCAGUCACAUGGUGGUUGGAAGGAUUGUCAAUAUGGAAAUGGUGCCAAUAUUCCGUCCCCCCUCCAGGCCUUCCUGACUGACGCGCCAGACUCCAAGUUCGAGACACAUCCCUUCGACCCGCGCAACAUCUGCCGCAAGACCCGUGUCAACAUGGGAUUCAAGGAUGAGGAUUUGCCUGCAUCUCACGAAACUGGCAAGCAUAUUUCCACCAUCCUCUCUCCCAGCUGCGGCGGCGACGAUCCCCUGCUGACACUGUCCUCUUACCUCAACUGCCUCACCAGGCGGACGCCGCGCACCACCGGGGAGCUUGUCUCGUUCUUCCACAAUUUCGGGAAUUCACUCUACAAGCCUCCUUCAGGAUUGUCCAAGCUGGGCUCCGCCCUCUCCAGUCAGCAUGACCACUGCCCCGACUGGGACUGUCUUGAGGACGCCGACCUCCAAGUCAUCAAGUACGUCCGGGGCUCCGCCCCUGCCAGCUCCAACUCCAUCCACGACAAGGACCAUCCCAAUACCCUGUCGUCUCUUCUUGGCUGCGGCAUCGAUAAUGCCAACUGCCCACAGCAUAUGAAGCCCAUCACCCACCGGGCCUACGCCCUCUACUCCAAGGCCUUCACCCACCACUACCUCGGCUGGACGGCCUACCUGGCAGACAGACUGUGGGAGUCACUGGAAAAGCUGCACUAUGAUCUCGAGAAGCUUCAAUGUCAUGACUCCAUGUCCAAGGCUCUCCACCAGUGUGCCGACGCCCUGCCACUUCUCUACCGUCACGGCAUCACGCCGCCGGACGGGGCACUGCAGUCCUCACUCACGUGUGCACAGGUCAUCGCCAAGCUGGAAGCAGUGGUCGCCGGAGAGCCUAUCGCAAGCCUCAUGACCGCCAUGGACACAUUCCUCUACGGCAUCCGUGCGCCCUUCCUCUACACCAUCACAGCACUUUGGCUCAUCGCAACACUCUACAUCCUCCACUCACUCCUCUACCGCAUGGACGUCCUGCACAUCCGCUCGCACCUCCUCACCACCAGGGCCUCACACCUCAUCGACGUCAAGGCUUUACUCGCCGGCAGCAGGAGAAUGCUCUCACUCUACAAGGACGUCGACUACUUCGACGAUGACUUUCACUCGUGA